AUGGUGCUUCGUCCCAUCUUUCCUUUACUUCUCGCUCUCCUUACCCAAACUCUCUGCGUGUGUGCGUGCCUGUUCCUGGCGGGAAAGACACGGAAAAUACGGCAUUCAGUCUCUGACCAAGAUUCACACCUCUCACAUUCUCUUGUCCUCACACCCCCCCUCAGACCCAUUUCUGGUCACAUCUCUCGUCUUUUCUUAGUACCCGCACACCCUCUCGAUCACUCUCACUGCUCGAGGGGUCUUGGCCGUCUUAUCUCAUUGAACUCUGGACAUGUUCUGCAGGUCGCUGUCUGUCUGCCCGUAACUCUUUCCUUUCGUAAUCGCGAAGGUUUACGGAACACUCCACAAACCACUACACUCUUUUCGAUCCUAGGGUUGAUCCCAACGAACUCACCGACGGCUGGCCUGUUGAACUCGCUCUUUGAAAAAGCAAAUAGUGAAAAAGAAGGAUACGAAUAG